GAGCUUUAUUUUUUAUACUAUUUAUGGUUUGUAUGUAUAGUACAUUUAACGUCAUUGGUUCAUACUUCCAGGUACAUCUGACGGUCUGAUAUGUACAACUUUCCGAGUAUUCGACUACUACAGCUGUUAAAAGUUUCUCAGAGCUGUUUGAAUUAACACGGAUUACGAAUACUUGCAUAGCUAGUGACUCAACAAUGAUGUCUGUCAAAUGUACAAAUACAUGUUAGUGUUAGUGUGUGACGCCACACUGAUAGCAAAGCGUAUCAGUACCUGGUUUAUGUAGUAUGUGUACCUGGGGCACUUUGUGAUACACAUUUACCUGCUGCAUGUAAUAAUUAGCGCGAGUACAUGACCAAACAAAGAGGACAAUGAGUAACUGGACAACGUUUGAACCCCCUGACGAUCUGUCCACAGCAUCAACAUCUCUUGGCAGCAAUCCACACAGUGAACGCUUCCUGAAUACUACCUUGUCCGGUUCCACAACUACUCUUCACAAUUGGAAUGUUUCCAAUGAUUAUUCAACAACAUCAGCACCAAACGACCAACUCCUGGAUGAAGUGGGCUCAUAUUUAUGGAAAGUCUUGUCUCCAUUAUUGUUCAUUGUUGGAAUAUUCGGCAACACAUUAAGUGUCAUCGUUUUAAGACGCAUGCGUUUUUGGAAGAAGCCGUCCUUGUUUUUUCUUGUUCCUCUUGCUUUCACGGACACGACUGUUUUGUGUGUAGGACUCAGUAGAUACUGGGUCAGAGAGAUGUUUGACUUCGACCUCCGACUAAUUUCUCAAGCGGGGUGCAAAAUCAAUUUUUUCGUACUUUAUAUCUCUAUGCAGUUUUCCUCGUGGAUUUUAGUUUGUUUUACAUUUGAACGCUUCUUAAAAACUAAUUUCCCGUUCCGCUACAUACGGAUUAUGACUGUGAAGAAGGAGAAACUAGCGUUAGUUAUAAUAUUUGUAAUUCUUGUUUUCGUGGACGGUCACUUCUUUUUUACCAAUGGAUUGACAGACCGCGACGGUUCACUUGAUUGUUCAUCGUUAACCAAUGCAACAUUUUAUUUUGACGAAUAUGUCUUUGUUUACAUAGAUCUCGCCUUUCUUUCCAUCGUACCAGCAGUCCUAAUGAUAAUCAUGAACAUAUGUAUAAUCCGAGUCCUCCGACGCUCAAUUCAAUUUUUACGAACAUCAAGUAGUGGCAGUAGUGCCGCCAACAGACAGAGGUACAGCAUCAAAGUCACGAAAAUGGUUCUUCUGACGAGUUCUUACUUCAUUUUUGCCACUCUGCCGAUCUGCUUGUACUACAUAGUGGAUUCAUACACUCAUACUGACGACGUCGUCAUCAACGCCCAGAAGGACCUCGCGUGGUCUGUGGUUUAUAUUUUCCAAUAUUCGAACUACGCAAUGAACUUCUUCCUCUACACUGCAGCCAACGACAAGUUUAGACUACAUGUUCUCGGCAUUAUAAAGUGUCAAGCACUAGAAAGAUUUUCACGCAGAAAAAGCUCAGCAUAUAGUGCACAGCAUACAUCAACGUUCCGUAUUACCAGUGAGGAUUCGGAAACCGUGGCUGGAGUGUCCUCCGAGGGGGAAUGUUACGAUAACCACGUAUCUCCGUCCACAAAUGACGAUUCUGUCACAGGAAGUAAUCCUGUUUCCGAAAGGGCGGAUAACAAUUACUCAGUAUUUCCGUCCGCAAAUGACAAUUCCGUCACAGCAAGUUAUCCUGCUUCCAUUCCUUCAUUGUCGGAGAAAAUGGAAAAGUCUAGAAAAAUUACCAGUGUGUCCUGGUCUAAGAGAGUGCAACAGUUUAACAGUGCCAUACCGAACCCCUCCGUGUCGGACGCGACAGUGUAACACUGAUUCCACAUAACCUUUACGUCGGACGUAUCAGUUUGUCAGGUACGUCACAGAGCUUGCCGUGUCAGUAUUCCUGUGAUAUCACAACGUUACAGAGCCUCAUUCUGACAAUGACGUUACCUAUCUCCACGUGCUAGAGGCAUAGGGAUAAUUUUGACGAUACAUAUCACUUAAUGUAAGAUAUUUCAAACGUAAAGUUUUUUUCAUUAUUUAUCCAAGGAGUCGGAGCCGAGGAGAUUGUUUUACUCAUUUGAUACUGUUUGAGUUUGAAGUUUUUAUAUGCGAUCGAGCAGAUAUUUUCAAGUAAUAAAAACAACAAUUACUCAAGUUGCAUCAGAUAAACCAUUAGUUGUUCAAUAUUUAAUAAAUUUGAAAUAUUUGAAUGCGAAUCGUUGGUUAUAUUAUGUUCCUGUGAGAAAUUCAAAUGCUAUGCAUC